AUGUCAAGCAGCACGACUAAGGUUCGUGUCGUCUUUGACACCUCCGCCAAGACUAAUAAGGGCAUCUCUUUAAAUGACAUCCUUAUGAUAGGUCCCACAAUUCAACCCACUCUGUUUGAGCAGCUGUUGCGUUUUCGAUCGCAUAUUUAUGUCUUAACAGCCGACAUUGAGAAAAUGUAUCGACAGGUUUUGAUCCAUCCUGAUGACCGUCGAUAUCAACGUAUCUUCUGGUAUCACAACGGCAAAAUCAAAGUUUGGGAGCUCCGCACGGUAACUUUCGGCGUAUCUUCCGCCGCGCUUUUAGCAAUUCGAACUGUUUCACAACUUGCGGAUGACGAAAAGGAAAGGUUUCCGUUAGCUUCCCGUAUAAUCAAUCGGGAUUUGUACGUUGACAAUUUAUUGACAGGUGCAAACUCCCUGGAAGAAGUUUUGCAAAUUCGGAAUGAGAUAAUCGAGGUUUUGAGAAGCGGCGGUUUCAAUAUGCGCCAGUGGGCUUCAAAUCAUCACUACGCGCUCGAUAAUAUAACAGAGAAGAUUUUCGACUUGGACCACGCGAUAGAAGAGAAUCCGAUUUUAAAGACGCUGGGGGUUGUAUGGAAUUCGCAAUUGGACAAAUUUACUUACACGGUGAGCGCGAUCGAUUUGGCUGGUAAAAUCACGAAGCGGAGCAUCCUAGCAAAUAUUGCAAAAAUCUUCGAUCCAUUGGGCUUACUGGGUCCCAUCAUUUUAGUUGCAAAACGGAUCAUGCAAGAUUGCUGGAAAUUAAAACUUGGCUGGGAUGAAUCAGUGCCUCAGGAGUUGUAUGUACGAUGGAGUUCAUACGCCGAGCAGCUCAAUUUCAUUCGAGAUUUAAGGAUAGAUCGCCGAAUUUUAGGCGAAAAUUCCAAUCAGAUCGAGGUACACGGGUUCUGCGAUGCCAUACCUGUUUCCCCACCGGAGGAUUAUGUUCGAAAGGACCCAGAGGACCUUGCCGGCAUGACGAAGUAG